AUGAAUUUUGGUGUUGAAGACAUUGUCAAAUAUUGUAUUCGUCCAACCGAUGGUCGAAAUCCAACAAUGAGCAAUUUUGUCGGCCCGAAUCAUCGAAAUUUCACUUUUGAUGAAUUGCAACGUUUGAAUGUUACUUCACGUGAUGUUCUCUUAUGGUCAUCUUCGAUCGAUCUUGCUGAGCGAUAUCAAUUUUAUAUUGAUCAAUCGACUAAAUCUAGUCAAUUAAAUGAACUAUUCUUCAAUUGUACACCGCCAUGGUUUGGAGUGCGUUGUCAAUAUUCAUUUGAACUAGUGUCCAAUGUUGCCGAUAGGAUAUUAAAUGUUCCUUGGAAAUCUGAUAUUACUGAUGCUAUUACUCAUCAGACAUGUUACAUUCUUUUAGAAUGUGAUCGUGGUCCUGCACCAAUAUGUCUCGAUUGGCGUGAAAUAUGUAAUGGUCGAAUUGAUUGCUUCAAUAAUGGCGUUGAUGAAAGUCAAUGUUUCGAAUUAGAAAUCAAUGAAUGCAAUGAAAAUGAAUAUCGAUGUUAUAAUGGUUUGUGCAUAUCCAAAUUUUUUUUGGCAGACAAAUCACAUGAAGCUGAGUGCCUCGAUCAAUCGGAUUUACCAUCUCAACCUAAUUGUCCCACUGCAUCUCGUCACCAAUAUAUUUUUGAGUGUGAAGAAUAUGUAUGUCGGCCCGGUGAAGCUCAAUUCCCGUGUGGUGAUGGACAAUGUGUAAAAGAUUUUGAUAAAUGUGAAAAUGGACGACAUCUCCUAUUGGCCCAAUCACUCAGUGUUCAAGGCUAUCUAUCAUAUGAUUGCUGGAUAGCUAUAGUUUGUCUCAGUAAAAUCAUCGAUCAAGUCAACGGCGUAUCAUGUGAACAGUCCAUUGACCCCUCUCAGAUUCUUCUUGGAUUAGAAACUUGUGAAUAUCCUGUUCAGUUUCCGACUAUUCCUGUUCUCUUAGACCAUGUGCGCUUUUUAUACCAUCCGAAACAGAUUUUUAAUAUCAGUGUAAAAUUAGCUCUCAUACCCGAUUAUGUUUGUUAUGAUGAACAACUGUGCGAUUUUCUCAGGCCUACAUUUUAUCAUGGAAAUUUGACUUGUCGUCAUCGUUAUGAAAUGGGCCUUAAAUCGGAUGUCGAAUUAAAAGACUGGAAAUCGAUCAUUGAUUCAAUCAAACCUUAUUUUCAUGGUUGUAUCAAUUUUCAUUAUCACAUUGAACCACAUAACUCAUCGUUGUAUGCAUGCAAGAAUUCUUCAAAAUAUAUUCCGAAAUAUCGACUUAUUGACGGUAUAUCGGAUUGUGUUAUGAAUGACGAUGAACAAGUAUCUGAAUUGAGUUGUUUAUUGAAUCAUCCGCACCGAUUAAAUUGUCUAAAUGACAUUCAUUGCCAAUCGCUUUCGUUACUACGAAAAAUCUGUCAGUCUGACAGACAGGAACAAUUCGAUAAGAUCUUAUUUUAUACAAUCUGUGAUCGAGCCGCCGAUCUAUUGCCUAUGUUAAUCGAUGGACGAAACCAUUCGGAUGAGACUGAUUGUGAACAUUGGCAUUGCAACAAUAUCUACACACGUUGUGACGGAUUUUGGAGUUGUAAAUAUGGAGAAGACGAAGAAAAUUGUACACGUCCAAUUUGUUUUAAUGACAGUCUUUCUUGUAUUUCCUUAUAUAAUACGACACUAAGCUGUUUGCCAGCCAAUCAAGUGAAUGAUGGAAUUAUUGAUUGUCUUGGAGCAUCCGAUGAAAUUCAAUAUUGUCGACAGGACCAUGGAAGUUCUCGAAGCCAAGGAUUUUAUUGUCAGAAUGAUGGCAAAUGUGUCCGGCAUAACGCUCUGUGCAAUGGGAGGCAAGAUUGUUCAUUUGGUGACGACGAAAUAUUUUGCAACGAUCAUUCGCAGCUAUGCAGCACAACAGAUUUUGUUAAUCUUACCGAUGUAGAAUAUGUCUUUUGUCAAAUUGGUGCUGCCAGAAAAUCUUCUUUUUCAUUAGACACGGCAUCUAUGUAUCCUUCAUUGCCAAUUACACAACUGAAUCCUGUCAAUAAUCGAAGGAAUAAACAAUACAUACAUACUUCACCUGAUAAGUUGGCAACGCUCAAAAUUUGUCACUAUGGUCUAGAUGUUAAUCAUUGGCUCGGGAUUGGCAAUAUUAGUGUAGUAUGCUUUUGUCCACCGAAUUAUUAUGGCGAUCGGUGUCAAUAUCAAAAUCAACGUGUCAGUUUGACUCUCAGUUUAGGGGUUGUCGAACGUUAG